UCAAUUUGAAAAAAAAUUUAGUGUUCCGAAAAUUACUCUAGCUAUAAUAACUGAAGACCUGCAACUGGAUCUCUCUCCUCUCACUGCCCUCCGCCGAUGACACCCGAUUCCGUUAACCCCCAAACAGACCCAAAAUGCUGAGAAGUAUUCGGCCCCGGCGGCCCCACCGACCCUGUUACGGCGUUUACAUCUGCGCCGUUAUCUCCGCUCUCCUCCUCCUCCUCUCCGUCUCUCUUCUCUACACUCGCCUCUCUCACUCCCAAUCUUACCACUUCCAGCACCGCCACCAGAACCCCGAUGCCCAAUACGACGACGUUUCUCUCACCAACCCCCUCGUUUCCGACGAGGGCAACGACGUCGGCUCCAUCGCCACCGAGGACAAGAUCGACGAGCUCGACGACGUCGUAGAGGAGACGCCCAAAGACGAAGAGGUAGACGACGAGGACGACCCCCAAUCGGAGAUUUCGCAAUCUAGAGUUUCCGGGUAUGUAUUCGAUCACGUGACUGGGGUUAUCAGGAGGGGUUUCAAUAAGCGUAAAAUUGAGGAUUGGGAGGAGGAUUACAAUGGGUUUAACGUGGGAUUGGGUGCAUUGGAUAAGAGCAAAGUGGCAUUCGGAUCGGACGAUGUGCCAGUGGAUAUGGAGGUGCGGCGGAGGAUGAGUGAGGUGGCAGGCAUUGAGGACGCGCUUUUACUGAAGGUGGGGAAGAGGGUUUCGCCGCUGAGGGAUGGGUGGGGGGAGUGGUUUGAUAAGAAAGGCGAUUUCUUGAGGAGGGAUAGGAUGUUUAAGUCCAAUCUGGAGAUGCUGAAUCCAUUGCAGAAUCCAAUGCUGCAGGACCCUGAUGCGGUUGGGAUUACUUGGUUGACAAGGGGUGAUAAGGUGCUGCAGAAAUGGUGGCUGAAUCACUUUAAGAAGGUCCCGUUUCUCGGGAAGAAGCCAUUGGGAGUUUCGGGGAGGCCCCGAGAAGUGAAGCUACGGGAAAAUGGUAGUGAGGGUAGGAAAAUGGAGAGUGAUAGUGUUGACGGUGUUGUGAAUGGAAGGGGAAAUGGAAUAGGUGUAGGAACAGAACUUGAUGAAAAUGAGAGUAAGGGGUUGAAUUCAGGUUCAAAUGGAAAUUCUAGUACUGAUAGGAAUUUGUCUUACAUGAGUAAUGUGAGUAACAAAGCAAUUGGGAACACCGUUGAACAAACUAGUGAGUCGGAUCUGGAUCAAGUGGGUGGCUUUAAGGAUGAGUUUUCAGGUUUUAUAUAUGCAGAUGGCAAGAGAUGGGGUUACUAUCCCGGUUUGGAUCCGUUUUUGUCAUUCUCCGAUUUUGUGGAUGUGUUUUUCAGGAAGGGGCAAUGUGAGAUGAGGGUGUUUAUGGUGUGGAAUUCUCCCCCCUGGAUGUAUAGUGUAAGACAGCAGCGGGGGCUUGAGAGUGUACUGUCCCGUCAUCGAGAUGCCUGUGUUUUAGUGUUGUCUGAGACAAUUGAGCUCGAUUUCUUUAAAGAUAACUUUUUGAAGGACGGUUACAAAAUUGCUGUUGCUAUGCCAAAUCUUGAUGAAUUAUUAAGGGAUACACCGACCCAUAUAUUUGCUUCUGCCUGGUUCGAAUGGAGAAAGACCAAGUAUUAUGCUACUCAUUACAGUGAGCUUGUCCGCCUUGCUGCUCUCUACAAAUAUGGAGGAAUAUAUCUUGAUUCUGAUAUAAUAGUUCUGAAGCCGUUAUCUUCACUUCACAAUUCUGUUGGUAAAGAGGAUCGACCUGCGGGAAGUUCUUUGAAUGGUGCUGUAAUGGCAUUUAAUAGGAGGAGUCACUUCAUAAUGGAGUGCUUGAAAGAGUUUUAUAUGACAUAUGAUGAUACUCGUCUGAGAUUUAAUGGGGCUGAUCUUUUGACAAGAGUUGCACGAAGGUUUUUGAGUGGUCGUAAUAAAUCAGUUAGACAGCUGGAGCUGAAAGUGCAACCUUCUUUUGUAUUUUUCCCAAUCACCUCUCAGAAUAUCUCAAGAUACUUCACUGCACCGUCAACAGAGACUGAAAAGACUCAACAAGAUGCCCUGUUCAGAAAGAUUCUAGAUGAGUCGUUAACAUUCCAUUUUUGGAACAGCUUGACGUCUCCUCUCAUUCCAGAGCCAGAGAGCGUUGCAGCCAGGCUUAUUGACCACUCUUGUAUCCGAUGCACUGAUGUGUUGUGAGUUAGCAUAAUACUCUGUUUGGUCAAUACUGAAAGGGCCGGAUAACAUUGCAGGCUUAUCAAGUUUUCACUCCGGCCUAUGUUCACUGAUGUGUUGUGAGUUAGCAUAAAUACUCUGUUUGGUCAAUACUGAAGGGGCCGGAUAACAUUGCAAGCUUAUCAAGUUUUCACUCCG